UUGUACUUGUUGGUUUAGAGCCUCGUUCUUCAUCCAUGAUCCAGAUCAAUCUGCUUUGGGACAAGCCACAGCUGGGAGGUUGUGUCCUCUGCGCCAUAACCGACAGCAUGGUCAUAGUGGUAGACCGCAAGGACUUCAACUCAUUUGCCCAAUCGAUUCCCACAAUCUGCAGCAAUCUUUCCCUUCUCUUCACAGCGGCGCUCCGAGGUAUCGUCCUCCUUGUCGAGCUCCCUGUUGUUGGCGCCGAUGUCCAGAACUCCAACUUAGAUGAGUCCGGUUUGGCCGUGUCGCAGACUCGUCGUCUGUCUUCAUAUGCACCUACAGCCCAUGGCUACAGUUUCUCUGGGACAACGACCUAGCGGUUACCUCCUUCAAUAAGUUUAGGACGACCACUGACUUGCUACUAGUAGU